UCUCAUCCUCGAAUAUCCCAAUUUCUACUAUUUUAUACGUUUCUCCACUCACUUUACUGGAUCUUCAAGAAAAACCCUUCCUUUGUUUUACAUUCUUUAUCUCUCAACAUUUCUUUCUUUUUUGAUUCGGAAGUUUCAUACAUUGUAGUCACUGCCGCUUCGAUCUUAUUUGGACGGUAGCGAAUGAAUGAAUUUUCGUCGAACUUGUACAUCUGGGUCGUGUGUGGGGUGUGAAUUCAUUUUGUUUGUUUGUUUUCAGCAAAGGGUCGUCUUAUUUUUUGUUAUAUAAUACUUUGAAUUGCUGUUAUUGGGGAUCUGGGUUUUUGUUGAUUUGAAGAUGGGGAGCUCAGACGAGAAAGUUGUUGCUGUGAUCAUGGUGGGAGGACCCACUAAAGGCACUCGGUUUCGGCCCUUGUCGUUGAACGUUGCAAAGCCUUUGUUUCCUUUGGCUGGACAACCUAUGGUUCAUCACCCGAUUUCUGCUUGUAAAAGGAUUCCGAAUCUAGCCCAGAUCUAUCUAGUCGGUUUCUAUGAGGAACGUGAGUUUGCAUUGUAUGUCUCGUCAAUCUCUACUGAGUUGCAAGUUCCUGUCAGAUACUCAAGGGAAGAUAAGCCGCAUGGUUCAGCUGGGGGGCUUUACAACUUUAGAGAUCUGAUCAUGGAGGACAAUCCGUCUCAUAUCUUCUUGCUGAAUUGUGAUGUUUGCUGCAGCUUUCCACUCCCAGAAAUGCUCGAGGCUCACAAAAGAUAUGGUGGUAUGGGGACUAUUCUAGUAAUCAAGGUUUCAGCUGAGUCAGCCAGUCAGUUUGGGGAGUUGGUAGCAGAUCCAGUGACCAAUGAACUGUUACAUUAUACGGAGAAACCUGAAACUUUUGUAAGUGAUCGAAUCAACUGCGGUGUCUAUGUGUUCACACCAGAUAUUUUUGAUGCUAUCCAAGGUGUUUCCUCUCAACGGAAAGACAGAGCCAAUCUGAGACGUCUUUCCAGCUUUGAAGCCCUCCAGUCUGCUACAAGGAAUCCUCCGUCAGAUUUUGUAAGGUUGGAUCAAGACAUCCUUACGCCUUUUGCGGGGAAGAAGCAGUUGUAUACAUAUGAGACCAUGGAUUUCUGGGAACAAAUAAAAACCCCGGGAAUGUCCUUAAAGUGCUCUGCUCUCUAUCUUGCCCAAUUUCGGUUCACUUCUCCCAAUCUUUUGGCUAGUGGAGAUGGUACAAAAAGUGCCACCAUUAUUGGGGAUGUUUAUAUUCAUCCAUCAGCAAAAGUACAUCCAAGUGCCAAGAUCGGUCCCAAUGUCUCAAUAUCCGCUAAUGCUCGUAUAGGAGCAGGUGUAAGGCUCAUCAGUUGUAUCAUUCUCGAUGGUGUUGAAAUAUUGGAAAAUGCCGUUGUUUAUCACGCAAUCGUAGGGUGGAAGUCUUCUAUCGGGAAAUGGUCCCGUGUUCAGGCUGAAGGAGACUAUAAUGCCAAACUCGGAAUCACAAUUCUUGGAGAAGCAGUGGCUGAAGAUGAAGUAGUGGUGACCAGUAGCAUCGUUCUUCCGAACAAGACACUAACUGUGAGCGUUCAAGAUGAAAUACUUCUAUGAUAUUUGUACCCAUUCCAAUCAUGGUGUUUCAUAAAUUUACUCGUAUGUAAAAACUUUGAGAUGUUGACAACUUGACAUUAGAAUAAGAGUAAUUUUGGUUGUUGGACC